AUGCGCGAGCUGCAAACAUGUUUCUCACAAAGCCAGGCCAGACUUGCUAUCAACCCGCCGAAAGAGCCCGUCUCGGCUUACCAGGGGCGCACGGCUCAGGGUGAGGGCAACGUCUAUGCAGCGCUUCAAGCUAAGUCACAUAAGAGAGCGGGCACAAGCCUAUCAAAGGAGACCUUGGACCAAGGAGCUCAAUGUUGCAAGAGAAAGUGCCAGAAGCUGAAAUGCACACUUUUGCGCCUGGUUUUGGGCACCAACCAAGGUUGCUUGGCUGACAAAUCCAGCAAUGCCCAGUCCAGGACAUGGCAUGCCAGGUACCAUUUGACAAUCGGUGCAAUCCGCUUGGCAUGCUCCUUGGAGGAUUCUGACAUGUCCUCCCGCUCCACAUCAUUUCAACUGAUCCUGAGGUCUCAGGUCCCAUGCUUAUCAGGCUGA